GUCAAAGAAUUCCAAUAAUAUCGAUUAAUACGAUUAAAAAUCAAUUAGAACCUGAUGAAAUAACAUUUUUCGAGGCUUUAGACAUAGAAUUAAAAAAAAUUAGUGAAUUUUAUGAAGAAAAGGAAUUAAAUGCAAAAGAACAUUUCAAGAAAAUAAAUCAAGCAUAUGAAGACUUAAAAGCUUUGAAACAUGUCAAGCAAUCAAACUCG